AUGUCGGGCCCCGGGCCGCGGGAGCCGCCUCCUGAGGCGGGCGCGGCGGGCGGCGAGGCGGGCCCCGAGGGCGGCGGCGGGGACGCGGCGCUGGGCGAGCCGGGGCUGAGCUUCACGACCACAGACCUGAGCCUGGUGGAGAUGACGGAGGUGGAGUACACGCAGCUGCAGCACAUCCUCUACUCGCACAUGGAGGCGGCGGACGGCGAGCUCGAGGCGCGCCUCGGCUCUGCGCUGCUGGCCGGCCCGGGCGCGGGCGCGGGCGCGGCGGGCGCGCUGGCCCCGGCGCCGCCGGUGUACCCGGUGCUGUGCCCGCCGCUGGCGGCCGACGCGCCCUGCCUGGGCCACGUCGACUUCCAGGAGCUGCGCAUGAUGCUGCUGGGCGAGGCGGGCGCGGCCGAGAAGACCCCGGGCGGCGCGGACGGGGUGCGGGCGCGGGCCGACGGCGCGGCCAAGGAGGGCGCGGGCGCCGCGGGGACCGAGGGCGCGCCCGAGGCCCGGGCCAAGCCUGCGGUGCGCGUCCGCCUGGAGGACCGCUUCAACAGCAUUCCCGCCGAGCCGCCGCCGGCGCCGCGCGGCCCCGAGCCCCCCGAGCCCGGCGUGGCGCUCAACAAUUUGGUAACUCUGAUUCGACAUCCAUCUGAAUUAAUGAAUGUUCCUCUUCAUCAGCAACAAAACAAAUGUACGACGUUAGUGAAAAAUAAAAGUGCUGCUGCCACGACUGCUUUGCAGUUCACCUACCCGCUGUUCACAAGCGCUUGCUCCACCGGGGGGAACUCCAGCCUUUCACAGACGCAGAGUUCUGGUAAUUCAUGUUCUAUACUGGAAGCCGCCAAGCACCAGGAUAUUGGACUGCCCAGGGCAUUCUCUUUCUGUUAUCAGCAAGAGAUUGAGUCCACCAAACAGACCUUAGGUAGCAGAAACAAAGCUUUGCCCGAGCAGGUUUGGAUUAAAGUGGGAGAAGAAGCGCUAUGUAAACAAGCAAUAAAUAAGAGGAAUCGGAGUAGAAUCCGUCAGUUGGACACAAGUGUGGAACGAAGAGCCCUUGGAGAGAUUCAGAAUGUGGGCGAAGGCUCCACAGCCACGCAGGGCACCUGGCAGUCCUCGGAGUCCUCACAGUCAAACUUGGGGGAGCAGACACAGAGCGGGUCCCAGGGAGGAAGGUCUCAGCGGAGGGAGAGGCAUAACCGAAUGGAAAGGGAUAGAAGGCGCAGAAUUCGCAUUUGCUGUGAUGAGCUGAAUCUUUUAGUUCCGUUCUGCAACGCGGAGACAGAUAAGGCAACAACCCUUCAGUGGACCACGGCGUUCCUGAAGUAUAUUCAGGAAAGACAUGGGGACUCUCUUAAAAAGGAAUUUGAGAGCGUGUUUUGCGGUAAAACUGGCAGAAGGCUAAAGCUGACCAGACCAGACUCCUUGGUGACCUGCCCUGCACAGGGCAGUCUGCAGAGCAGCCCCGCGAUGGAGCUCAAGUGA